AUGCGCGGCACUCUGACGACGGAGUGGCGCGGUCAGUCCGGGUCGCAACUCUGCGUUGCCGAGGGCUCGGCCUCGGUGGUGCGGCAGUAUGCAAUAGUACAAUUUGAUGACAUGGAAUUCUCUGUAGUUCCUAUAAUUUGGUUGGAAAAACCAAAUUAUUGUUACUGGUCUCAAGGAAUAAAAAAUAUUAGAACUGCAAUAGUUAAAGGAAUACCUGUGCAAGAUACUCGGAAUAAAUAUAAAUGCUGUAUCAUUAGUAAACAUGUUACUUAUGAGUUAGCCUUAAAAGCUGAAAAAGAGGCUGUAGCUACGUCAGAAUCUGAAAUUGAACGACAAUCAGGAAAAAGAAAAAUUAAAUCUAACAAACGUAAUGAUUAUGUCGAUUUUGUCGGUCCUCCAAAUUUAGUCUCUUCGUGCAAGAACUCAGAUAACACAAAUACUGCAGCAAACGAUAAUUUGGCAGAUUUAUUGGCAAACUCAUUGGCAGAUCCAUUGGCAGAUCCAUUAGCAGAUUAUAACCAAAAUCUGGAAUUACAUAAUGCAGGACAGAACAAUGAUUCGGAUCUAAAUUCAGAUCCGGAUCCAAAUUCAGAUCCGGAUCCAAACUCAGAUCCGGAUGCAAAUAAUUCGGAUAUCCGGGUUAUCCGAAUAAUCGGAAUAAUCCGGUUUUGA